CACAAACAACAGUACAAUGGCGAGGCAAAAAAGGACAAUGAUAGGGGAGCAGUUUCAUGGCAGAAUUUGAUUCCGUGAAGAAAUCGCUGUGGAAAUGUGGAAUACCAUUUUCCAGGGCUGCCAAACCCAACAGGAUAAAGUAGGGGCAAUUAGCCCAGAAUAUGAUGUGUAGAUUCCACUUCACCCCUCCACUAACAACGAGAGAAGACUUCCGAGCAACAAAGUCUCCCAGGAAAUCAUCACUUUCGAGACUGCGCACGCACAGGGGGGAAAAAUUAAAGCUGGAUGGCGACAAAACCACUCCAACCAAAACGAGAAUGUUGGGUCCAAAUCCCAGAAUUCCAAAGUGUGUGAAUGAAGAGGGAGCCAUUCUUUUGGAGUUCAGAAGAUCACUUACAGACCCAAGCAACAAUCUCCAUUGGAACUCUUCUGACUUGAAUCCAUGUGGGUGGAAUGGUGUUGCCUGCAAUGAUGAUCAUCAGGUAACUUCUGUAUACCUCUCUGGACUCAAUCUUUCUGGCACUUUAUCUUCAAGCAUUUGUGAGCUUCCUGCCUUGGUAGAGUUCAACAUCUCAAAGAACUUCAUUUCUGGUUAUAUUCCUGGUUUUGUGCACUGUAAAAAUCUUGAGGUUUUAGACCUUUGCACCAAUAGGUUCCAUGAUGAAUUCCCUUCUCAGCUCUCUUAUCUGACCUCUCUUAGGGAGCUUUAUCUGUGUGAGAAUUAUAUCAAUGGAGAAAUCCCCGAGGAAAUCGGGAACUUGAGUUUUCUAGAGGAGCUUGUAAUUUACAGUAAUAAUAUUACUGGAAGGAUUCCAUCAUCCAUAAGUAGACUGAAAAGGCUUAGGAUUAUCAGGGCGGGUCGAAAUUAUUUAUCAGGUCCAAUUCCUGCAGAAAUGAGUGAAUGUGAGAGUUUGCAGAUCCUUGGUCUAGCAGAGAAUAAGCUAGAGGGUUCUUUUCCUUCAGACCUUCAAAGGCUUAAGAAUCUAACUCACUUGAUCCUCUGGGCAAAUCUUUUGUCAGGAGUAAUUCCUCCCGAAAUAGGUAAUUUCAGUAGCUUGGAAUUACUUGCCCUGCAUCAAAACUUCUUCAUUGGACCCCUUCCAAGAGAGUUUGGAAAGUUAACAGAGCUAAAGAGACUCUACAUUUACACCAACAAGUUGAACGGGACUAUUCCGUGGGAACUAGGGAAUUGUUCUAGUUUGGUUGAGAUUGAUUUUUCUGAAAAUCUUUUGGUUGGGGUUAUUCCAAACACAUUGGGUCGGAUUUCUAAUCUUAGAUUGCUUCAUCUGUUUGAAAACCGCUUACAUGGGAAUAUUCCAAGGGCGCUAGGACAGUUGAAGCGGCUCCAGAAGUUGGAUUUAUCCAUAAAUAACUUCACUGGUAGGAUCCCCUUGGAGUUUCAGAACCUUCCAUUCUUGGAGAAUCUGCAACUCUUUGACAACAAUCUUGAGGGCAGUAUCCCCCCAUUACUUGGGAUGAAAAGCAAGCUCGCUAUUCUUGACCUGUCGAAGAAUAAUCUCAUUGGAGGCAUCCCUCCAAGGCUUUGCGUGUUCCAGAAAUUGAGUUUUCUAAGCCUUGGCUCAAAUCAUUUAUCUGGAAACAUUCCUUAUGGCCUAAAAACUUGCAAGUCCCUUGAGCAGAUGAUGUUAGGAGACAACUUGCUCACCGGGACUCUUUCUGUUGAGUUGUGCAAACUUCAGAAUCUCUCGGCUCUUGAGCUGUAUCAAAACCGGUUUACUGGAUUGGUACCCCCUGAAAUAGGAUAUCUCAGCAAAUUAGAGAGGUUGCUUCUGUCAGAUAACUUCUUUUUUGGGCAUAUCCCCCGUGAAAUUGGGAAACUCACGAAGCUUGUUUCUUUCAAUGUCUCUUCAAACCGGUUGUCUGGGGAUAUACCCCACGAGUUGGGGGAUUGUAUUAAGCUUCAGAGGCUUGAUCUCAGUAAGAACUGGUUCACUGGAAACCUCCCCGAUAAACUUGGCAUGUUAGUGAAUCUGGAACUGCUUAAGCUAUCAGACAACAGAUUUAACGGAAAGAUACCAUCUACCUUUGGGGGGCUCAUAAGACUUACUGAACUGCAGAUGGGGGGCAACUUGUUUUCUGGUGGAAUACCGAUCGAGCUUGGUCUACUUGGAGCACUUCAAAUUUCUCUCAACCUCAGUCAUAAUGCUCUUAGCACCUCAAUUCCUGUUAGUCUUGGGAACUUACAGAUGCUCGAGUCGCUUUACUUGAACGACAAUCAGCUUACAGGUGAAAUUCCAGGCUCAUUAGGUGGUCUGAUGAGCCUCAUGGUGUGCAAUCUUUCUAAUAAUAAACUGGUAGGACCAAUACCAGACACCCCCGUUUUCAGAAGAAUGGAUUCGAGUAAUUUUGCUGGAAAUGUCGGGUUGUGCAGAUUGGAUUCAUCUCACUGCACUCCAUCCUUGCCCAUAACUCCCCAUUCAAGCUGGAUAAAUAAGGGUUCAAAUAGAGAAAAAAUAGUCAUCAUCGGGUCAGCAGUCGUUGGACUGGUUUCUAUAAUCUUUAUCGUUGGUAUUUGUUGGGUUAUGAGAAGCCACAGGAGAUCCUUUGUGUCAGUAGAAGGUGAAGUGAAACCCGAUGAUGUCCUGAACCAAUACUACUUCCCGAAAAAAGGAUUCACUUACCAGGAUCUCGUUGUAGCCACAGAGGACUUCUCGGACAAAGCUAUCAUAGGACGGGGAGCCUGUGGCAUCGUCUACAAGGCAGUAAUGAGCGAUGGAGAGGUGAUUGCUGUUAAAAAGUUGAAGUCGCGAGGAGAAGGAGCUAGCACAGACAACAGCUUCCUUGCUGAAUUAUCGACGCUUGGAAAGAUCAGUCACAGAAACAUUGUGAAGCUCCAUGGUUUCUGCUACCACCAAGACUGCAAUCUUCUCCUAUACGAGUACAUGGAAAACGGGAGUCUUGGAGAAAUACUUCAUGGGAGCAAAGACACUUGCAUUCUAGAUUGGAAUGAUCGGUACAAGAUCGCGCUAGGAGCUGCUGAGGGUCUUUGCUACCUCCAACACGACUGUAAACCCCAAAUCAUCCACCGCGAUAUAAAAUCAAACAACAUAUUACUGGACGAGACGUUUGAAGCACACGUGGGAGAUUUUGGCUUGGCGAAGCUAAUUGACAUUCCAUACUCAAAAUCCAUGUCAGCUGUAGCUGGUUCGUAUGGCUACAUUGCCCCAGAAUACGCUUACACAAUGAAAGUGACAGAGAAAUGCGAUAUCUACAGUUUCGGGGUUGUUCUGCUGGAACUCAUAACCGGAAGAUCUCCAGUUCAGCCACUUGACCAUGGAGGAGAUCUAGUGACUUGGGUGAGAAGAUCAGUCCACGAAAGAGUUCCAUUCUCUGAGAUAUUCGAUAAACGGCUAGGUCUUGGCAUGGAAAGAACAAUCGAGGAGAUGUCGUUAGUUCUCAAGAUUGCGUUGUUCUGUACCAACACAUCUCCUCUUAAUCGGCCUUCAAUGCGAGAAGUCGUCGCCAUGCUGAUUGAUGCUCGGGAAGCUACAACCAAUUCCCUGCCUUCUCCAACAUCAGAAACUCCUUUAGAUGAGGAUCACUCUAAUAAAGUAUACAUGGAGCCUUAGGAUGGUUUCACCUAACAAGAUGGACUUGCUGUGAUCUUAGCUACAUUGCAAGGAAGACGGCGCUAAUUGUCAAUUUGUCAUACGUGUAAGCUCUGCAUAUCCUUUCUGAUUUUAGAAGCAUCUGUAGAUUCUUAAUGUACACAACUGCCAUAUUUCCCCCUUUCUCCCAACAACCAUACUGGAAAUUCUUUGCCCUAUCAACUGCAGAAAGCACUAUGUUCAUUAUCUUGAUUCUGGAUGCAUCUUACCUCACAUGGUAGAAACACAUUGUUCAUAGGAUCAUAGUUCAAUGAACAUUAAGGUUUCUAUAGGUGUUCUGUCAUUUCCCAGAAAGGGGCCAUGUAAAGGACAUGUUCCAACACUUAAUUCUCAUACAUUUUAGUUUACAUAUGCUCUUACCCAAAAA